UAUGAACAGCUGCGAAAACACAGCCGUCUUCAUGGGAACAGCGCAGAGGAGUGAUUGAUCAACACGCCUGACUGGGAACCUGAGCUCAGACACAUAUAACAGAGUGUGUGUGUGUGUGUGUGUGUUGGAGGCAGACAAGCAUUUUUCCAUUAAGGAGAUUUGGAAUUUACCAGCUGACCUGACAAGGUCGUGGAAUAUAAAUUUGGACAAAUAUUUUUUCUACAGAAAUUGAAAGAGGCACAAGUGCUAUUUCAGCUCAGCCAGAAGCCGGAGAACAUGGGGACCUGUCCCAUCAGGUGUCGAUCGAACCUGACAAUCCUAGAAAAUCCACCUGAACCUGAAUCACCAACCCCCGAGGACAGCAUCAUUGUGUCCCUCUGUGACUACCCGUCCCUUGAGCAUACAGAGUUGACAAUGUGCAUCGGGGAACGACUCACAAUCAUAUCAGAUGACGGUGAUUUUAUGACAGUGAGAUCCACAACCACAGGCCAUGAGAGCUACGUUCCCACCAACUACACCGCCAAGGUGACACACAGGUGGCUGUUCACAGGCAUCAGCAGGUACAAAGCAGUGGAGCUGCUCAUGCAGCCGCAUAACCAGAGUGGAGCCUUCUUGAUCCGAGAGUCAGAGACAAACAGAGGUUGUUACUCGCUGUCUGUCCUGAGGAGGACCAACCCGUCAUACCUGGACAGUGUAAAGCACUACCGCAUCUCUCAGCUCCAAAAUGGCUGGGUCUACAUAUCUCCAGGGGUCACCUUCCCCUCCCUGCACCACCUGGUGGAACACUAUUCAGAGUCUGUAGGUGGAUUGUGCUGUCGGCUGAUGGGGCCUUGCUUUAUCCAGGGUCUCGACAACGCCAGAGAGGCCAGGCCUGUACCCACAACUAUCAGGAGGCCUACUAUCAACUGGAAGGACAUUAGCAGGUCAAUGAUCUUCAAGAGGAAGAGAACAGAGUCAGACAACUCCCUUGUGAGCGAGGGACUGAGGGAGGCCAUCACCUCCUACCUCCAAAUGACAGAGGGCAACGAUCACAGCUGGGACACUUGAGGCGAGGCAGUGGAUCAGUCUGUGAGAAAGACAUCAGAAAGACAGAGUGAAGUCAGAUACUGUCCUGUCACCUCUGCAGUUUGGGCAAGCCAGAGGAAGUCAUCUGCACGUCUGGUCUGGUCUGUGCAGACCGCCCUGACGUGGCAGGAGGGCUGAGACACUACAAUGUAUGCUGUGACAUACUGUAUGCCAGCAAGAGGAGGCACACAGCAGAGGAGUGCGGUGAAAAUAUGAGUCAGUGAGACAUUUUGUUCUCAUUUGAUCUCGAAAGUUGAAUGUUUCUCUUAAUUUAUAACCGAUUUCUGUUUGAAUACAAUGUGAAAUAUGUUAAUUAUAUUGGAAUAUGAUUGUUGUCAUUGUUAUGUUAUUGGAAUCCAAUAAAAUAUAUUUGCUACGUGAUAAAUGAGCACAUAAAUAUAAUCAUCUAA